UCCAGUACGGAUGAGGAAGAGUCCGAAGAAGAGGAAGAAAACGAAGACGAAGCUGGACCAAAGAAGAAAUCUAAAGAGUCGCACGAGGUGAAACAACUCCCAAAGCAGUCUGCCCUAUCUACUAAACAAUCUAAGAAGUUGAAGAAAGGGCUAAUCUACAUCGGUAGACUACCUGAAGGCUUCGAAGAAUCCGAAUUGAAGAAAUAUUUCAAUCAAUUCGGUGAUAUCACGAAUGUGAACGUUCCAAGAAGCAAGAAGAGUGGUAGAUCCAAACAUUUUGCAUUUGUUGAGUUCGAUAACGUUGACGACGCAAAGGUUGCACAGGAAACCAUGAACAACUACCUAUUGCUCAACCAUCAGUUGAAGGUUAACUUGGUGGACGAGGAGUUCAAAGCUUCAAAGAAGUUCAAGAAGAACUACUUCAGAGUGUCAAAGCCAAAGGAGGACCUCGAGACCCUCAACGCCAAUGCCAACAAAAAGAAAGAACAGAGAAGAAAGGCCUUGAAGGAUGCUGGCUUCGAUUUU